UAUUGGAUGCCAACCCGCCGUUACAUCUCAUCGAAGAAGAAGCCAUGACCCACUUCUGUUUAGCCGUUUUCGAUUGUUGACCCGGUUGCGAAUGUAGGAGGGGUCAUUCGGGUCACAAGCAUGUCGUGGAGGGGGUGCAUUUUAAGAUGGGCUAGGAAUGACGUUAUUUGUAUAGCAACGAGAGGAAACAGAAUCACCCUCAACACUCAACAGAGAUGUGGCUUCAAGAAAGCAGUGAAGGAGACAAAGACCAAGAAGGGGGUCAUAGAGGAGGUGGGGCCCUCACACACACAGCCCAGUGAAGGGCUCAUCCACAAGAGGGGUGCAUCACCCCCCGUGGAGCCCUCAGUGGCAUACACACACUCCAGGAGCUUUGGCAGACUGGUCAAGCCCCUGGUCUUCACAAUAGGGUUUACAGGCUGUUCAUUUGGCACAGCGGCCAUCUGGCAGUAUGAGUCACUGAAGUCCCGGGUUCAGAGCUACUUUGACGAGGUCCGGGCCGACUGGUUGGAGAAACUACGGCCGCAGAAACAGGGGGAUCUUCGCGAAUGGAUCAACCAGUGGUGGAACAGCUUGAGUGAGGGCCAACGUACUGUUGCAGGGAUCAUAGCUGCUAAUGCUGUGGUGUUUUGCUGUUGGAGAGUGCCAUCCCUCCAGCGCUCUAUGAUCAAAUACUUCACAUCCAACCCUGCCUCCAAAACCCUUUGUUUCCCCAUGCUCCUGUCCACGUUCAGCCACUACUCCUUCUUCCACAUGGCAGCCAACAUGUACGUCCUCUGGAGCUUCUCCUCCAGCAUCGUCUCCAUGCUAGGCAGGGAGCAGUUCAUGGCCGUUUACAUGUCUGCAGGUGUUAUCUCUACGAUGUUCAGCUAUGUAUGUAAGACAGCCAGCGGGCGCUUAGGUCCAUCUCUUGGAGCGUCAGGAGCCAUCAUGACAGUCUUGGCUGCAGUCUGUACCAAAAUGCCAGAGGCUAAGCUGGCAAUCAUCUUCCUCCCCAUGUAUGCUUUCUCUGCAGGCAAUGCAUUGAAAGCCAUAGUAGUCAUGGACACAGCUGGCCUAGUUUUAGGAUGGCGGUACUUCGACCACGCGGCCCAUCUAGGCGGAGCUCUUUUUGGCGUCUGGUACAUCAUGUAUGGCCACGAGCUGAUAUGGAAGAACCGCGAGCCCCUAGUGAAGGUGUGGCACGACCUGAGGACAAAGGGUCCUCGUGGGGGAGGAAACGGUGGCAGCGGCCCCCAGUAGAGCACACUGGACUGGGUGAAUGCAUGUGGAUGGACUGGCCUUGGCUGAUGUGUAAAUUAUCAGAUUACAGAAGAGUGUCAAUAGCAUCAACAGCCUUGCUGGCCACACAAACCGAAGCCCAACUCUCCAUUUACCCCCCACACACAAGCUCUAUGUUUGUCUCUCACACUCUCUCAUAAAAAUGCCAUUUGCAUUCAGUGCUCUCUCGCUUUCUCUCACACACACACACUACAUAAUAAUGCAGGGAUUUUGUGUGUUUUUGAGAGAAGAGGAGAGGACACACUGUUGAGUUACACUAUGGCCUGUAUUCACAAGGUGUUGAUCUAGGAUUCGUUUAGUCUUUUAGAUCAUAAUGAUUUUUGGUGAAUACGGACCCGGGAGCCUACAGGUCACCAUUAUCUCCCCAAAUGCUGAGGUGGAGGACUAAACCGUAAGAUACGAAAACCAUACGAUCACAAAACCACUCCUACUGUCAGUACAGGGGAUGGCUAGAGAGCUACAUUGCAUUCGGAAAGUAGUCAGACCCCUUGACUUUUUUCACGUUUUGCUACGUUACAGCCUUAUUCUAAAAUUGCUGACUUUUUUUCUCAUCAAUCUACACACAAUACGCCAUAAUGACAAAGCAAAUUCUUUUUAGUUUUUUUACAUUUAUGCAAAUAUAUUGUAAGUAAAAAAAAAAAAAACAUUUACAUAAGUA